GGCAGGGGCCGUUGGCCCUCAGGCUGCGCGGGGGUCCCUGGGAAGGCGGAGCUGAGACUCUAAUGGUGGCCUCCUGCCCCCACCGUGCCUAACACGGUGCCAGGCUCUUAACAGGUCAUCCGCUGGCUUAGUGGGAGAGAAUGGGCUGAGCCCCAGCAGCCGCAAGGUGCCAGGGGUGUGUCGCAAGGGGGGAGUGUCAGGGACUGUGGGGGAGAGCCAGCCUUCCCCCUCCAGCUGUUCCCAGAUGUCAUUCUGCCCGCCCAGGCGCCUGGUUCCUGAGCUGCCGGGGAUUCCACGGUUACUAAGCUACUGGUUUUUGUUGACUUUUAAGUAUUUUCUUCUAAGAGAGAGGGGGAGGGGGGCAAAAGUCAGGAAAGAGCAAAUAAAAACAAAUCACACAAAGCUCCCCCUCCCCAAAAGAAAGCUCUUCACUCACCACCACUCACACCCAAAUCGAGGGCCUCUGAACAUAGUCACCUUGCUGGAGCAACAACCAGACAGAACUGACCUGCCUCUGCCAGGCCCCAUCCUCAUCUCCCUUCCUGGUGAAUGAGGGGUAGUGGUGGAUGGUCCCCCAGUCUUCGAGCUCUGGGUGGACAAAGGGGCUUCCAGAGAGAGAGGAGGAGCAUGGCCAGUGGGAAUGGACUCCCUUCGUCCUCGGCCCUGGUGGCCAAGCCUCCCUCCGCCCUGGGCCCAUUCCCCAGAUACAUCUGGAUCCACCAUGACACACCCCAAGACAGCCUAGACAAGACCUGCCAUGAAAUCUGGAAGAGGGUUCAGGGCCUGCCUGAGGCCAUGCAGCCCAGGACCUGGACGGAGCAGCUCUCUGCCCCCACGGCUGGGACUUCGAGAAACAAUGGACUUGGCUUCCAAGAACAAGCACCAGAGCUCAGCAGUGGCAAAGAUGAGAUCUCCCUGUUGGUGGAGCAGGAGUUCUUGAGCCUCACCAAAGAGAACCUCAUCCUGGUCAAAGAGAAUUCGGGUGAGCUAGAGGCCCCUGGUGGCACUCCUGAGGGGACGAGAGUGCCGACUCCCUGCAUUCUUGGACCUCCUCUGGUGACGGACAGCACUGAGCUCCCAGGAGCCUCCAUCAUCACCAGUGACAAGCUUCUGGAGCAGAAGGUGGCCACAUCCAUUAUUGGAAGCCGGCAGAACUGUGACUCUGCCAUGUCCACAGUCACGGGCAUCCUGCGCUCUGCCAAGGUCAAGAGUGCCAAGGUGACAGAAGAUGGGGGUCACGACCUAGGCACCUCCAACUCGGAGAUCAGCAAACUUCUGGCCCAAUUCCCACUGAAAUCCACUGAAACUAAGGCCCCCGACAACAAGAUGGUGCUGGAGGAGACGAAGGUCAUCAAGGACUUCCUGCAGAACAGCAUGUUCAGUGGCCCUGGACUCAGGGAGCCCGCAGGGCUGGGUCCGUUUCUGCUGCUGCCACCCCCGCCUCCUCUUGCACCCCUGGACAAGCUCCCUGAGCUCCCUACUCAGAAGAGGCAGCUCCCAGUGUUUGCCAAGAUCUGUUCCAAGCCUGAGGCAGACCCUGCCAUGGAAGGGCACCACUUGAUAGAACGGAACCCUGGAGCCAAGGAACUGACCAGGGGUCGAGAGAGCCUCUUCCUCAGUCAAUGGCCCCAGAGCCGGAAGGACAGCUGUAGUGAGGAGGGUUGCAGUGACCCAGUGGGCACCAUGUCCAUGGCCCUGCCAACCAAGAAGCCUGCAUGGCCGACUGAGAAGAACCUGCUCUAUGAGUUCCUUGGGGCCACCAAGAACCCCAGCGGGCAGCUGAGGCUUCGCAGCAAAGUGGAGAUGGAGGGGCUGGAGCUGAAAUUUAACCCACCUGUAACAGUGGCGGACAAGAACAACCUCAAGUACACAGGGAACGUUUUCACCCCACGCUUUGCCACAGCCUUGACCUCAGCAACCCUGAACCAGCCACUCUGGCUCAACCUCAACUACCCACCUCCGCCGGUGUUCACAAAUCACUCCACUUUCCCACAGUAUCAGGGCCUGUACCCACAGAGAGCCACAAGGAUGCCAUACCAGCAGGCUGUGCACCCCCAACUGGGGUGCUACUCCCGACAGGUGACGCCGUAUAACCCACAGCAGAUGGGACAGCAGAUUUUCCGAUCUUCCUACACUACCCCCCUGCUGAGCUAUGUUCCCUUCAUCCAGCCCAACUAUUCAUACCCUCAGAGGACUCCUCCAAAGCUGUCCACCAACCCCCGAGACCCUUCUCCCAUGGCAGGAGAUGGGCCGCAGUACCUCUUCCCCCAAGCCUACGGGUUCAGCUCAACGUCUGGUGGGCCACUGAUGAACAGCCCCUAUUUUUCCUCCCGUGGGAAUGGCAUAAAUUUUUAG